AGAACGCAAAUGUAGGACAAAAUUAUUUUACUACUCUUAUCUAAAAUCGCAUCGUACCUUUUCCUAUACAAAGGAGAAGAAAAAACCAAAAAAAGCUUCUCCGUUUGGCCCUCUGUUGGAGCUGAUAUAUUUUCAGUGCCCCAAAAACUUCCAUUCCCAAUUUCCCAAACAAAAACCAGGAAUCCAUUUCUGUGCAGUGAUUCUAGCAAUCGCGAAAUGGCGAGCUCUCUGCGGCGGCUGGCGACCGAUUCCUCCAAGAUUUCUCGAUCUGCUCUGGCUCCAAUUUCAAGAGCAUUCUCGACGGAAAGCGCAUUGGUCGAAACAAAACCCGGCGAGAUCGGUGCGGUUUCGGGCAUCCCUCAAGAGCACCUCCGGCGAAGGGUUAUGAUAUUCUCACCUGCUCGAACUGCUACUCAGCAAGGAGCCGGGAAGGUCGGUAGAUGGAAAAUCAAUUUCCUGUCCACGCAAAAAUGGGAGAACCCACUUAUGGGCUGGACAUCCACUGGAGACCCAUAUGCAAAUGUUGGUGAUUCUGCUCUAAGCUUUGACAGUCAAGAAGCUGCAGUAUCAUUUGCUGAGAGACAUGGUUGGGAAUACACGGUCAAGAAGCACCACACCCCAUUAUUGAAGGUUAAGGCAUAUGCAGACAACUUCAAAUGGAAGGGUCCUCCUAAGUCUGAGGCGAGCUAAAAUUUUAAUUCGAGUUUAAUCCUCUACUUGGGGUUUUUAGCUUAGGAAGGCCCAAGGAUCAGUAGUUUCUGUUAUCCUUGAGUGAAUAAAUCAUACAACAUUUGGAUGCCUUCACGCUUGCUUUAUUUGUGCAGAGGUUCAAUCCACUUUGCACUUGUUUCAUUUGUUGUAAGACAAGAGAUGCUUGUGUAUUACAGAAUGAUAACCCGAUUUUAGAAAGAAAAGAACUUUUUGUGUAA